AUGAGCUCUAUUCUGAGGACUAUUGUGGCAACCGGCACUUCAUCCGGCAUCGGCCUGGAAGCUAUCAAACAGCUCCUCGAGCAAAGCCAGCCAUACAGAGUCCUCCUUGGAGCACGCAACACGGAGAGAGCGCAAAAGUCUUAUGACGAGCUCAAGUAUGACCGGUCUUUGGAUGAGGUUGCUAUCCUCCCGUUGGAGUUGAACGACCUCAAGAGCGUCAAGUCGUUUGCCGAGCAGACUCUCGAGAGACUGGGCCAGCAAAAGAUUGACUAUUUACUGCUUAAUGCGGGAGCCAGUGGUGACACUAAUACUAAAUCUGGGCCAAAUGGAUCGCCAUGGUGCGAAGCGCAUGUUGUGAACCACCUGUCGCAGCAUUAUCUUGUGCACCUCCUGCGGGAAAAGUUAGUCGAGAGCAAGUCGAGGAUUGUUUUUGUUUCCUCUGGCGCCGUUCGCACCGUUUCUGAUCCAAGCAAGCUUGAAGAGGAGCUCAAGGCCGGUUCUGGCGUGUCCGGACAUCCUAUUUACUGCAAAACCAAGUUCACCGGCCUGCUCGGUGCGCAAUGGUGGCGCCGUCAACUCGCCGGCACCAACGAUGUUGUUGCCGUUUCGCCCGGUCUGAUCCCCGGUACAGGCCUUGCCAAACAAAUGGGCAUUCAAGCCAAUAUGCCCGACGCAAAGUCGAUUCCUGAAGGUGCACAGAGCGUCCUUGCGGCGCUUACGAGAAGUGACUUCCCGGAGGACCGCGACCGUAUCUUCUUGACCAGCUGGGGUGAGUGGUGGGAGAAGAGCGUGAUCGAGACGUCUACGGAUAAGGAACUACAGGAUAAGUGGUGCCCUAGCAAGGAGGAGAUUGAGAGUGAGGCGGGUAUCUCUGCUUGA